CCUACCAGUGGACAGCAGCAGCAGGAGCAGGAGAGCCCUCAAAAUAUACAUGAUGUUGACCAGCGAAGACACUCCCUGAACCGAGUACGGUUUUCGUCUGAUAUCGACCGCGUCGCCGAACAAACGGGAUCGAUUUCGAGAGAGUCAGACUCUGAUGAGACCUCUCCAGCGACGACGCCCGUUUCGGCUUCACCAGGGGUGCUUCCUACUGGGCGCAACCGAGGCUACUCCCUUCGUCGAGCCCUCUUUAACCGGAAUCUCGUAACGCAACAACAGCCGGAAGAGCCAGACCUAGAACGAAAUGAAGCUUCUACUAGUGGACAGACCGACAAAAAGACCAUUGACACUGUUACAUCUCAGAAGGUCGCUACGGAAAAGGAAGACUAUUCCUUUCUACCACAACAUUCAGACUUUCUGAAAUCUACGACCUCCUUCCUGACAGCAAAGCCACGACAGACGUUUUCCAUUACCCAUACGAUAAACAGCUGGCUCGCACUUCUACUCUCCCUAUUCAAAACACACGUCCUGCGUAUCAAGGACAUCCCUCCGAGUGCUGACGGCCGAUAUGUUGACCUUGAUGCCUAUAACAGUAAACCCCGGAUCGAUGAGCGAACCGGCAAGCAUUAUGUAUCAAAUACAAUUCGCUCGAGCAGAUACAGCCUGUGGAGUUUUCUCCCUCGUCAGUUAAUCGCGCAGUUCUCAAAACUCGCAAACUUUUACUUUCUAUGUGUUUCCAUUCUGCAAAUGAUACCCGGGUUGAGUACCACCGGUACUUUCACCACUUUAGCGCCCUUACUUAUCUUUGUGGGGAUCUCCAUUAGCAAAGAAGGAUACGAUGACGUCCGUCGAUACAGGCUUGACAAGGAGGAGAAUAAUCGAAUUACAUCUGUACUGCGUCCGUCUCAGGAGGUGCAAGAUGGAUCGUAUGAAUCAUUACCAAUGACAGCUGGCGAUAUGAGCUCAAAGGCUACAGAUCACCCGCAACCGUGGACGAAUGUCAAAUGGGUCGACAUAAAAGUUGGUGACAUCAUAAAACUUGAACGCGACCAGGCUGUGCCAGCGGAUAUCGUCCUGCUACACGCCGAUGAUCCCAACGGGAUAGCAUAUAUCGAAACCAUGGCAUUGGAUGGCGAGACAAAUCUCAAGAGCAAAAAGCCAUGUCCUCUUGUUGCAAAAACGUUCAACUCAACUGAUGAUAUCAUCAAUGACAGAUCAACACACUUUGUUCUGGAGGAUCCAAACAUGGACCUCUACAAGUUUGAGGGUAAUGUCACCGUCGGAGAUGAAACCGCACCCUUGACAAACAACGAGGUAGUUUACCGCGGCAGCAUCCUCCGAAAUACCCAUGAAGCAAUCGGAAUGGUAAUAUAUACUGGAGAAGAGUGCAAAAUUCGUAUGAAUGCUACCAAGAACCCUCGCAUCAAGGCCCCGGCAAUUCAGGGCGUUGUCAACAGAGUCGUGGUACUUAUUGUCAUUCUGGUUCUUUCUCUUGCUGGUGCAUGCACAAUUGCAUAUAAAUACUGGUCACGCAGCACGGAACGCAUGUCUUGGUAUCUUGAGCAAGCAAAUGUUUCUUUCGGCCCGAUAUUUUCCUCUUUUUUGAUCAUGCUGAACACAAUGAUUCCAAUCUCGCUGUAUGUGACUUUGGAAAUCGUCAAAGUCGCCCAGAUGUUCCUACUAAAUGAUGUCGACAUGUAUGACAAGACAUCAAACACUCCAAUGGAGGCCAGGACUUCGGCUAUCAAUGAGGAACUUGGGCAGAUCAGCAUGAGCGUUGCCGGAACUGCCUGGCUUCAUGACCCUGAUCUAGUCCAAGAAGCUGCUAACGAGACUACAAAGCAAAUACUCCUCCGCAGGCAAAGCAAGGGCAAGAAACCUACUCGUGCCAAGUCAUUUGGUGAUUCAAGCCAAGGUCGACCAUCGGCGGUAUCUAGACGGUCUGGGGUAUCUCAAGCGACUGCCCGUGAAUCUGGGACAUGGAAACCCUGCAAAAAGUCCCGUUUUUACAGUGGCGGUAAGACUACAGAAAUGCUGCAAUACGUCAAGCAAAAGCCUCACACGCUAUUCGCAGUGAGGGUGAGAUUUUUCAUCAUUGCCAUGGCCCUGUGCCACACUUGUCUACCGGAGUGCGGACAAGAUGGCGAGUAUACAUUCCAGGCUGCAUCGCCGGAUGAGGUUGCCCUUGUUACUGCUGCAAAGGAAUUGGGAUAUCUAGUCUGUGACAGACAGCCAAACAGCAUCACAAUUCGGCGGUCGGAAGGCAAUAACAAGAGUAAUGACACGAUCGAAGAGACAUACGAAGUAUUGGAUAUCAUUGAAUUCACCAGCUCACGGAAGCGCAUGUCAGUCGUUGUGCGCCUACCAGAUGGCAGGAUUUGUGUCUUUACUAAAGGUGCAGAUUCGACUAUCACCAAACUCCUGAAGCAGUCUUCCCUGGCCAUUGAAAAGAUACAUCAAAUCGAGCAUCGCUCCAAUGAACGCAAGGCAAUGGAAAGCAUGGAAAUUAUUCGCCGGAACAGUGAGCAUAUGUCUCGUGGCGGCAAAAAGAGCCUUAGCAUUCGUCGACCCAGCUUUGUAGGCCGGCGAUCAAGCGUUUCUGGCAAACCGGGCCCGUCUAUCCGCCAGAGUAUUGAUGUAUGGCUACGUGACCGCGAGACGGACGGUGGCUUAGAUAUCAAGGAUGACGAGCAUGAGAUGCAAAACUACAACCCGCGGCCGUCUGUCCAACUUGGCAAUGGAGGAAGUCCCCGGGUUUCGUUCCAAAUCGAUGAUGGAAUGGUGGAGGAAGACCUGGUCGAUGAAUCCCUGGUGACUAAUGAAGCACUAGUAUUUGAACGCUGUUUCCAGCAUAUAAGCGAUUUCGCGACGGAAGGGUUGCGUACCCUGCUGUAUGCCUACCGAUUUAUUGGGGAAUCGGAGUAUAAGGAGUGGAAACAGGUGUACAAGGAAGCAACGGUCAGCCUUGUUAAUCGGCAAGAGAAAAUAGACGAGGCGGGUGCACAUCUUGAGACACAGCUAGAGUUAAUCGGUGCCACAGCGAUCGAAGACAAGCUUCAGAAGGGCGUUCCGGAGGCAAUUGAUAAAUUGCGACGGGCAAAUAUCAAACUUUGGAUGUUGACGGGAGAUAAGCGCGAAACGGCAAUUAAUAUCGGUCACUCGUGCCGACUGGUCAAGGAUUACUCGGCAGUCUUCAUCCUGGACUAUGAGACAGGGACUGUGAAGCAGACGAUAGAAUCUACAGUCUCAAGUCUCCGCGCCGGCGGGGUGGUGCAUUCUGUCAUCGUGGUAGAUGGCCAAACGCUAUCGGUGAUUGAGGGGGAUGAUGGACUCCGGGAACUCUUCUUCGAGCUGGCGAUCCGUGCAGACUCAGUGAUAUGCUGCCGUGCGAGCCCCAAGCAAAAAGCAUUCCUUGUCCGGUCGAUUCGCAAACGGGUCAACGGUGCCAUCACCCUUGCGAUCGGUGAUGGAGCGAACGACAUUGCAAUGAUUCAGGAAGCACAUGUUGGAAUCGGCAUAACAGGCAAGGAGGGACUGCAGGCAGCCAGAAUAUCUGAUUACUCUAUUGCGCAGUUCCGGUUCCUGCUGAAGCUGCUGCUCGUCCAUGGACGAUGGAACUACGUGCGGGUGUGCAAGUAUACUCUAGGCACCUUCUGGAAGGAGACGCUGUUCUACCUAACUCAGACAAUGUUCCAGCGCUCUAAUGGGUUCACCGGUACCAGUUUGUAUGAACCCUGGAGUCUGAGCAUGUUCAAUACGCUGUUUACUUCGUUGGCGGUGAUAUUCCUGGGCGUGUUUGAAAAGGAUCUUGCCGCGAGCACACUGUUAGCAGUGCCGGAGCUGUACACCAAGGGCCAGCGCAACGAAGGCUUCAACAUCCCUGUCUAUCUCGGCUGGGCGACGGUGGCGGCAUGCGAGUCAAUGAUGGUGUACUUUGUGAUGAUUCGACUAUUUGGCGAUGCUAUCUUCACGGUAGACAACGGCAUCUACGCCAUGGGCCUGCUUACUUAUUCGGCCUGUGUGAUCAUCAUCAAUGUCAAGCUGCAAUUUCUUGAAAUCCACAACCACACAGUGCUAACGUUGAUCCCACUGGUGGGAUCGAUAGGCAUCUGGUGGCUCUGGAACAUCAUCUUGUCAAAACAGUACAAGUACCACGCCAUCUAUAACGUGCGGGAUAACCUUAUCCACUUCACUGGGAAAAAUGCUCUCUGGUGGACAACAUUGAUUGUGAUUGUGGCCAUCGUAAUCUUGUUCGAGAUUACCAAGGUCACAGUGCGCAAGACGCUGUGGCCUACGGACGUGGAUCUGUUCCAGGGGUAUGAGAAAGAUGGAGAUGUUAAGAGGCGUUUUGAAGAGGCGGCUGCUUCGGAGCUGGCGCAGGGAUGGGAAAGGCCCGGAAAGUAUGGGGGCAACGAUGACGACGGUGCCAGCGAAGAGGAUCACGAGCAUGAGCUACAGCUCCAGGAUCUCAUUGAACGGAGGACCAAGGAGGAGCAUCAACAGCCAUAG